AUGUCAGCUUACCGAAGUGUUGUUUCAUUAACAGAUCUUAUACCUUUUGUUUCUCAACUCAAAGAGAUGUUUUUUAAUUGGUUGACUUUGGAUAAUUGUAAUCGUGAACGUCUUAAGUUCAUAGUUGAAAAUAACAAAAACACAGAAAUAAAAACAAUGGUAUUAGCCCUAGAACAAUGGGAUCAUUUUCAAAACUAUGGAGCUCCUGGUGUGGAAAUGGAAUUUGUCAGUUGUGACAAUACUAUCUUAGGCGAAGUUGUAGAAUCCAGUAUUGUAUUAAAUGGAAUUAUACUUGAUAUGGAGUGUCAAAAAUGA